CCGCGCCAUGGAGCCGGCCGCGGGCAGCGAGCGCCGCAACAACCGGGCCCGCCGUCCCGCCGCCCCGGGGCACGCGCCCUUGGCCGCCCCCGGCCCGGCCCGCCCCGGCCGCGGAGCUCCGGCGCGCGAGCCGCCGCAGCCCGAGGAGGAGCGGCAGGUGCGGAUCAGCGAGAGCGGCCAGUUCAGCGACGGGCUGGAGGACCGAGGCUUACUAGAAAGCAGCACCCGACUGAAGCCCCACGAAGCCCAGAACUACAGAAAGAAGGCUUUGUGGGUGUCCUGGUUCUCCAUUAUUGUCACCCUGGCCCUUGCGGUGGCUGCCUUUACUGUCUCCGUUAUGAGGUACAGCGCCUCUGCUUUUGGGUUUGCAUUUGAUGCCAUCCUUGACGUCCUGUCAUCGGCGAUUGUCCUGUGGCGUUACAGCAACGCGGCCGCUGUGCACUCUGCCCACCGGGAGUACAUAGCCUGUGUCAUCUUGGGGGUGAUAUUCCUUCUGUCCUCCAUAUGUAUAGUGGUCAAAGCCAUCCAUGACCUCUCAACUAGGCUGCUCCCAGAAGUGGACGAUUUCCUGUUCAGCGUCUCCAUUUUAAGUGGGAUUCUUUGCAGCAUCCUGGCCGUGUUGAAGUUCAUGCUGGGGAAGGUUCUGACCAGCAGAGCACUCAUAACAGAUGGCUUCAACUCCCUCGUGGGCGGCGUGAUGGGCUUCUCCAUUCUCCUGAGUGCGGAAGUGUUCAAGCACAACGCGGCGGUCUGGUACCUGGACGGCAGCAUCGGGGUGCUGAUCGGCCUCACCAUAUUUGCCUACGGGGUCAAGCUCCUCAUCGACAUGGUGCCGAGGGUGAGGCAGACGCGUCACUACGAGAUGUUUGAGUGACUGCCCGGCGUGGGCGGCUGCGCAUCCGAGUGAGACCUCCCAGACGACCAGAGGUUUCCACGUGGGCCGAGGGUGCCAAUAUUUACCUGAACAUCCAGUUUCUUUGUUGGGAGUUUUCCUUCACAGUCUGUCGUCACGGGGCGAGGUCUGCCCAGCAGGUGGACCUGCCCUGUCCCCCUCCCCCGCUGCCCCCCAUCAGACAGUUAGGACAGACGCCCUUAGGAGGGGACACGCUUUCCCCUCUCCAGCUGGGACUGAUGUUUUUUUUCUAUUUUCUGGAGUAAACGGUUCUCCUGGGUAGGAUACACCUUUGCUCGGCAGGAGGGCUUCUGUGGUGCUCUGAGCCUGACACGGAUAGCAACCGACCAGACCCGCCUCCUCGGGGACUGCGUGUGGCCCUGCCACCCCCUAGUUCCAAAGUCUCUUCUCUCCUGGCAGAUUUUAAGGGAAGACUGUGCCCUUCCGUCUCUCGCCCCCCUUUACAUACCCAGAACCAUCAGUAUAUGGCUUCCUAAUUCCUAUCACCGUAUCUCAUUAGUUUCAUACUGUUUUACUAAUCCUAAACAGAUUUAUUUGUUCAAAAGGAGACCAUUCUAUUUUUUAAAGUACUUAGUGAUAUAUGUAUGAGCUUUGCAUGGAUGAACUAAAUAAGCACAUGACCCUUUCUCGUACAUUCGGAACCUGAACACCCAUGUGAAAAACACGAUCCAUUUUUGACAGAUGUGAGACUACGGUUUAUUUGUAAUAAAUAAUUAUCGGUAUAUGCAUAUAUCCGUAUGCUGUGUUCAGUGGUAAUGCUGUAUACAUUGCAGUCUGUGCAAGAGACGGUUUACUCCUCUGUAAGGAACGAAACGUUUUCGGUUUACGUAACGUUAGGUUUAGAGUCCGUAGACACACGUCCCCCCAGCCCGCAAGGAUCUGUACCUCUCACACCGCUGCUCGCCCGGGCAGCAGUGUCCGACCAAUAAACAACUUUACCUGUUUGUACGGUA